AUGGUCCGCAAACUCAAAUACCACGAGCAGAAACUCCUGCGAAAAGUAAACCUAACAACCUACAAAUCCGACCACGCACACCGCGAACACUCCGUGAUAAACCGCUACUACUUGCAAAACCCUCUCGACUACAAAAAGUACUCGUCGAUCGUUGGAUCCCUGCGGCAGCUCGCGCACAAGCUCAGCGCCCUCGACCCGGACUCGGAUCCCGUGCGCCAGAAGCUCGAGUCCGAGGUUCUGGAUAAAUUGUGGCGCAUGGGGAUCCUCAAGCAGUCGCGUGAACAGGGGGCCGGAUUGUCGAAGAUUGAGCGCGAGGUUACAGUUAGUGCGUUUUGCCGACGGAGGCUGGCGGUUUUUAUGGCGAGGAGUGGGAUGUGUGAGAAUAUCAAGACGGCAAUUACAUUCAUCGAACAGGGCCACGUCCGCGUGGGCUCCGAGGUCGUCACGGACCCGGCAUACCUUGUCACGAGAAACAUGGAGGACUUCGUGACGUGGGUGGACUCGAGCAAGAUUAAGAGGACGAUCAUGAAGUACCGCGAUAACCUGGAUGAUUUUGAUCUUAUGUGA